AAAAGUUGUUGCUUUCUCAUCGAAUUCAGCUUCUUCUUCGGUAUUAUCUAGAAGAGGAGUUCAACAUAUAGAAAGUAGUAUUAGGAAGGGAAGUGGAGCAUUAGGAUUUUCUCUAUUGAAUUCUUCAAAGAAUAGAGAUUUUCAUGGGAACUCUUAUAAGCGAGGAUACAAUUUUAAAGGAACAGAAUUGGUCAGAGAUUUCAUUCAUGAUUCAUUAUAUAAUCCAGAAUAUGGAUACUUCAACAAGAGUCAUGAAUUAAUUAUCAGUCAUCCAUUGUUUGAAGGAAAGGAAAAUGUGGGAGAAAUUUCAUCAUCCGAAGCCUUUGAAGAAUUACUUUUAAAUAAUACUCUUCCAAGAGAAGAACAAACAAUUUUACCAUUUACUGAAUUAGAAGAUCAUUUGGAUUACUUGGAAAAUUUAUCUGAAUUGUAUCAAAGAGGUCCACAAAGUUGGGGUACUCCAAUCGAAAUAUUUCAACCUUACUAUGGUAUUGCAGUGGCAGAACACAUUUUGAAAACACAAUAUGGAUCAUCUAUUAAUCAAUCUUUGGAUAGACCUUUGAAGAUUUAUGAAAUGGGUGGCGGUAUGGGCACUUGUUGCAGAAAUAUUUUGGAUUAUUUGGAGACUGAUUAUCCAGAAAUUUACAAGAAUACAGAAUAUCACAUUAUUGAAAUUUCUUCACAAUUACACGAGCAACAGAAAAUCAGAUGUGCUCAUCAUGUAACCAAUGGAAAACUCAAAUUACAUCACGACUCGUUUAUGGAUUGGAAACAAGUGGAGCAGGAUGAAUGCCACGUUAUUGCUAUGGAAGUUUUGGACAAUUGUGCUCACGAUAAGAUUUCAAUUGAUGCUGAUGGAAAUGUUAAGGAAUGUCAUGUAUUUUUCGAUAAGGGUAAAAAUUACUAUGAGGAAGUUUACCUUGAUUGUAGAGACGAGUUAAUUAUUAGAUAUUUGACGCUGGCUGGGGUUAUUGAGACUUCUAACACAAAAACCAAAUUUUCUCCUAAUUUUACCUACACCUCUCUGCAGGAUAAGACUAAAGGAGCAUUUACCAAACUGAUUCAAUCAUUCUCUUCCAAAUCCACAAAUGGGAUGAGAUCACUCCUCAUGAACUCCAUUGGAGGAGACCAUGUAUUUUACAUCCCAACAGUACAAUUACAAAUUAUUGAAAAAUUACAACAAAAUUUCCCAAAACACCACUUUAUUUGUGCCGAUUUUGACUACUUGGGAACAGAUGAAUCUGGAGAAAGCAACAGACCACUCGUACAAAAGAAAUUCAAAUUCAUGAAAACCUCUAAUUUAUUAAGAAAGAUCAGAGAGAAACGAACACUCUUUCUAAGUCCUGAAGAUAUCUCAUCAGAGGACAAUUUCUCCAUAGAGUCACAUGCAUUCAGAUCGUAUCUAGUUCCAAAAGGAGAGUGUGAUAUUUUCUUUGCCACCGACUUCAAUAUCAUGCAACAAGUUUACAGCAAAGUUUGUCAAGAUCAAGGUGGCCUAAGAGGAUCACUCGUCAUGAAAUCAUCUCAAUUCAUGAAAGAAUAUGCAGAGUAUGAAAAUUUUACUACAAAAUCAGGAUACAAUCCAUUAUUGAAAGAUUACACAAACUUUUCAUUCUUCCUCAGUUAAAUUGAUUUAAAAAUACAAGUCAAUCACGUUUUGUUCAC